AUGAAUUUCAGCCCACCCAACAGUGCCGCUGAGCAUGAUGAAUUCCUCCGCACACUUGUGCGCCUCAAUCAGGAGGGUAUCGACCGUUUGAAGGUAAAGGAUAUGCGAGGAGCAGUUCGCUUCUUUGCAAAUGCUGUGGAACUGGCUCGUAUCAGAACGAACACAGUACCAGCGAUGGACAUUGAAGAAGACUUAGCGGCUCCAUCCAAGCUCAGAUUGGUUUCAGUGCCUCUCCCCCCUCUUGGUCAACGGGCUGACGAAUCCAUCCUUCAUGUUCACAAUUGUGCCUUUCAGGUGAUGUUUCAUCGUCCUACCACAGGAGACCACCACCAACCCAUGAAUGCCAGUGACACCAACGCCAUCGUUACCGCCAUUCUCUUCAAUCUCGGCUUGGCAUGCCACUCGUUGGGCAUGCAAUUCCAGAGUGCACAGCAUCUGCAAAAGGCAUGCAACUUGUACAAUCUCUGUGUGACGCGGAUGAUCCCAAGACUGCUGCCCGACCAUCAUCCAUUGGGCGCUAAAACCAUCAUGACGGUUGUUUGCCUCAACAACCAAGCCCAGAUCUACUACGAUUGUUGGGGCAACGUGCCUCUGGCGAUGGAACUGGCCACUCAGAUCCAACGUCACGUGGAUCAGUUGAAAACCUCCCAGAAUGGGCAACGGCUCAUUGGUUCUUCAGAAGUAGGGGACAUUCUCUUGAAUGCUUACAUCAUGUUGCAUUCCAACCGGAUCACUUCAGCAGCGGCUUGA